AUGUCAAGUUCUGCCGAAUUAUCUUUUGAUGCUGUUAAAGAUUUUAUUAUAUUAAACGGUGGUAAAGUUAGAAAUCACGAUUUAGUUAAACAUUUUAAAAAAUUUUUAACUAAACCUCAAAACAGAGAUGACGCUAGAAAUUACUUUAAGGAAAUAGUUAACGAGGUAGCCGUGAUAAGAACGGAAGGAGAUGAAAAAUAUUUAAUACUUAAACGUAGAUUUAGACCUCCCGGCCUUGAAGAAUGUUUUAGUUCUUCUCCUUCGUCAUUAUCACUCUCGUCAAAUUCAAAAAUGCCUUCGGAAUCCAAUACCGGAAAUAAUAAUUUAUCCGUUCGUCAACCCCCACCGUACAGAGCACCUCCUCCUCCCGUGACUCCAACCAAAUCACCACAAUCUUCCUCUCCUUUGACUCCAGUAUCUCCAACCUCUAUUUUUCCUACAUCGGCCAUUUCGCCAUCGUCGCCUGACAAAACUAAUGUCGAAGAUCCUCCAUCCGUUCCCGUGAGGAAAAAAAGUUUAACGGAAAAAAUAAAAAAAGAACAUCACUCGGACAUGUCCAAAUCAUCAUCUGGAGAUUCUUCAACCGGAGACGUGGAAUUAGAAUGCGAAAGAAAAAUAUCAGUCAAAGAAAGAAUGCAAAAAUUUAAUAGGAUGGCAUCGGAAAGUGAUUUGCCUAAAAUCCCAUCGACAACAACAACGACAACGACGAAUAACGUUAAAAAAAAAUUAGAUAAGAAAGAUGUUAUGUCGACCAGACGAGACGGAGACCACCAGGAGGAGAUAGGGAACGGUGACUUGGCAGUCUUAUAUAUGCUAACACUAGUUGUGACCAGUAAAUGUUUGUUUUCUCCCGCUGGGAACACAAUUGGUUUAUCCAUUUAA